AUGGGUUUUUGCUUUUUCAACAACGUGGCAAUUGCUGCCAAAUAUUUGCAACAGCGAUGCGUGGAGCAGUGUUCACGAAUAGCAGUCAUCGAUUGGGAUGUUCAUCAUGGCAAUGGUACUCAGCUAUGUUUCGAAUCCGACCCUUCUGUGCUUUAUCUCUCGCUUCAUCGUCAUGAUAAUGGCAAUUUUUUCCCCGGCACAGGAGCUGUCACCGAGGUGGGUGUUGGCGCAGGCCGGGGCUACACCGUGAAUGUACCAUUUUCGGGUGAAAUGAUGGAUGAUGCCGAUUAUCUGGCAGCCUGGCGUGUUAUCGUUAUACCGGUGUUAAAUCAUUUCAAGCCAACAUUUAUCAUUGUGUCAGCUGGCUUCGAUGCUGCACGUGGCCAUUCCCAAGCACUUGGAGGGUAUCGUUUAUCUCCCCAACUGUUUGGAUAUUUUACUCGGCAGCUGAUGAAUUAUGCGGAUGGACGAGUUGUGCUCGCGUUGGAGGGUGGCUAUGACCUCGAAGCAACUUCUGAAUCUGCAGAGGAAUGCGUUAAGGUAGCUUUCUUUUGA